AUGAACUCUGCGCUUACGUCUGUUAAGCUGGUUUUACUUGGAGAAGCAGCGGUGGGCAAAUCAUCAAUAGUUCUUCGGUUUGUUUCCAAUGAUUUUGCUGAGAAUAAAGAGCCUACGAUUGGAGCAGCAUUUUUGACCCAACGAGUGAAUCUAGGCGAAAAUACGAUUAAAUUUGAGAUAUGGGAUACGGCAGGACAGGAACGGUUUGCGUCGCUGGCUCCGAUGUACUAUAGAAACGCACAGGCGGCGUUGGUGGUGUACGAUAUCACGAAACCACAGUCAUUCAUAAAGGCACGUCACUGGGUGAAAGAACUGCAUGAGCAAGCCUCCAAAGGUAUUAUUAUUGCACUGGUUGGUAACAAGCUGGAUUUGGUUGAAGGCGGUGCGGAUCGUAAAGUGGACCGUGAAGAAGCUGAGAAAUUGGCAGCAGAAGAAGGACUUUUGUUCUUUGAAACGAGUGCCAAGACUGGAGACAAUGUUAACGACGUGUUUUUGAGCAUAGCGCAGAAAAUACCAUUGAAGAAGCCAGACGACGAAUUGUCGACCAAUCCUGGAUUACGUGUGAACAACGACGGUGCAAGAGUUGACCUGGCAGCUGGCGGCCAGGGAUUGGGUCCCUCUGGAGGCUGCAACUGUUAG